CUACCCUUCCCCCUGGCGGACACCCAAAUCUCAAAGGGGCGGGACUGGCGACGGCGCACGCCCGAACGUGGCUUCGCAGCUGUAUGGCGUCAGCUCGCCCCACCUCCUUGCUCUUCGCCAGGGGCAGCGGCGUGCUUUGUUGGGCUGAGCGCAGAGCUUGAGGCUGUGUGUGAAAGGAUAGAGAGCUGGCUUGGCCAAUCGCAUCACAAGACGUUGAGUGGCUGCCAAGUCUGCGAAGUAAACGGUAGUAGGGCGGUGGCACGGAAAAGGAGCAGGGGGAUCCCCUUCUCGGGAGGGAAGACGAGCCCAGCAGAGGGGAAGGGAGCACUCGUCGGCUCUCCAACCUUAACAUGUCGUUGCGGAUAGCAACUGAACUCCCGCAACACCAGUUAGCCCGAAAGGAUUCGUUUCCAAAACCCGUGGCGUGGCAUAAGGCUCCUCGGAUGGAGGAAGAGGAGGAGUUGCCGGGCGCCCCAUUUGAUUCGCAGGAGCUUUGAAGUUUCUCCUUUCCUGCGAACUUCCCAAACGACCCAGCAGGGGUGUGAAACGGGCUGCAAAUCCCCGCGCCGCCCAGUGUUUACUUGAGAACUUCCGAGCUGGUGGACUUCGGGCAAAGAGGAAAGAGUAGAAUAAUCACGGGUUUCUUUGCACAUCACCUCUGCCAAAGGUUGCAGUUGUUUGACUACACCGCCCAUCUCCCAACAAUAAAUGAUGUAACGACAAUUGCGCUAAAGUACUGGGUGCAGUUACUGAACCUAGAUAGAUCUCUGGGUGUUUGCUAACUUUUGGACUUAAGAGCACUAACUCGUAAAUAGCCACAGGAUUGCACCUCAGUCCAGCCAAGCCUGCCGUGUAGUUUUCUGUUUUCCACCGGCGUUCUGCGCGGUCUGGCUUUGCAGGUGCAACAGCCACACUGUAUUGAGCGAGCCGCGUUUGUACUUUCCCAGUGGUUAACCUCAUGGGAGUUUCCUGAGCACAUGGCGUUAUUACAGCUCUUGUGGGAACCAAGCCGCCAAUUAUUUUUUGUAUGCUGAAGUGCAUUGUGCAAAAGUAAGUCAGCUUCACAUGAUGUCUGCCCUAAAAUAUUUUCUAUCGUGAGAAGUAGCUAUAUACGCUGACAGCAUACAUUGCAGCGCGUAUAGAGAACAGUGCUUUCUCUAUGCGAGUCAACAAGCCUGCAGCGUGUGCCUAGUACAGCGAGGACUGAAGGGGGGGAAGCUGCUCCGCUCGGCCUUCGUACACAGUAACUACGCAGGCCUUCCACCUCUCAGAAGCACUUCAAGAAAAUUGGCGGCGCCCAAUGGGAGAGAGCGUAGACUGCAAAAGGCGGGGCUAAGCGGGAGGGUGGGGAAUCGCUGGGUGGUGUUGCUGGGAGACCCCGGCCGGGUCACUGUUCCGUCCCUCCCCGCUGUUAUCCCGGCAUUUAUAUAUGGGGCGUGUGCAGCUGCUGCGAAGUUCCAGCAGUCUAGAUAGCUGCAGCUUUGGUUGAGUCUGUUUUCUCCCACCUCUCUGGGAAACUGAUGAGAUUAAUUCUGAUCUCAAGCAGUUAGCCUUUUCCUAUUCAGUCGUGGCGCAUCCAAAGCUUCCGAGGAAAGUGGGAUCUUUCGGUCCUUCCUGCAUUUCCGACCAUUACAGGAUCUAGAAAUGUCUACAACACUCUUAUCUGCCUUCCACGACAUCGACUUCUUCUGCAAGACCGAAAAAUCCUUGAGCAGCAUGCUGGACAAGAAGGCAGUGGGGAGCCCUGUGGGCACCUCUCCCAGCUCCAACUUCACGCCGGGCUUUCUGCGAAGGCACUCCACCAGCAACCUUCAGGCUGUGGCUAACGGCAACGUCAAGUUCCCGAGUGCCUCGCUGUCCGCGCCCUCUAACUUCGGCAGCCUUAAGGAGCCUGGUACCGGAGCAGGCGGCAACAGCAGCAGCCCCACCACCACCUUGCUGAACAAGGAGAACAAGUUUCGAGACCGGUCUCUCAGUGAGAAUGGCGAACGAAGCCAACACCUCAUGCAACAGCUGCAGCAGCAAGUGGUGGUUGUGGCAGCGGCUUCGGCGGGAAAGGGCGGCGGCGGCGGCGGCGGAAAUGGGGGAGGAGGCGGGGGAAGCGGCGGAGGGGGAGCGCCGAUCAACUCCACGCGCUACAAGACGGAGCUCUGCCGGCCGUUCGAGGAGAGCGGCGCCUGCAAGUACGGCGAAAAGUGCCAGUUCGCCCACGGCUUCCACGAGCUACGGAGCCUGACCCGUCACCCCAAGUACAAGACGGAACUGUGCCGCACUUUCCAUACCAUCGGCUUCUGCCCGUACGGGCCUCGCUGCCAUUUCAUCCACAACGCGGACGAGCGCCGCCCAGCGCCCGCCAGUGGUAGCGCUAACCCUCCAGCAGCCCAGCAGCAGCCACCGCCUCUCCAGCCCAACCCUCCGCCUCACAGCAACCACCCCCCGCACCACCACCCUUCCCUGCACCCCCCGCACGCGGGCAGCACCGGCGACCUCCGCGUGUUCGCGCCCUCUGCCCGGGACCACCCGUUGGGGCCUGGCGGCGGCAAUGGUAGCAACAGCAACAGUUUCGGUAUCCCGCACCCCCGAGGGGGAGGAGAGAGACCCAAACUCCACCACAGUCUCAGCUUCUCCGGCUUCUCCACUCACCAGCACCACCACCACCACGGCGGGGCUGUGGCGCACGGCGGGCUGGAGGCGGCGGCCGCGGCCCUGCUCCUCGAAAGCCCUGGCGGGUCCCGCACCCCACCGCCACCGGCUUCGGGCGGGUCAUACUGCGACGACUUGGUCGCCUCAUCCUCCUGCGCCAACAACGCCUUCGCCUUCUCGGCCGGCCAGGAGCUGGGCAGCCUCAUCGCUCCCCUCACUCUCCACGCGCCGCCGCCACCCGCGGCUCAGCAGGCCUGCUUCGCCAACGCGGCGGCUUUCUACCGCUGCCACCAGCAGCAGGGCGCUGCAGGGGGAGGAGGGAGCUGCUGUCCCCCGCCCGGCCCUCCCGCCUCUCCGCCUUUCAGCUUCCAGCCUUUGCGCCGCCUCUCCGAGUCGCCCGUUUUCGACGCCCCUCCGAGCCCUCCGGAUUCUCUCUCCGACCGAGAGAGUUACCUGAGCGGCUCCCUCAGCUCCGGCAGCCUCAGCGGAUCUGAGUCCCCCAGCCUGGACUCGGGCAGGCGCCUGCCGAUUUUCAGCCGCCUGUCGAUCUCCGAUGACUAAGGACGCCAGGGAGAGGAGCGGCCUUUGAAGCUCUCGGUUUUCGGGGUCCUGUUCCCCUGGGCAGUUCCUCUCUGCCCUUUCCUGUCUUACUUCCCUUCCUAUUCACCAGGAACGGAAAUUAGCCAAGCUCGCACAGACUAUUUUUGUUGCUUUUCUUUUUCCGUGUGUGCUCUUUUGUUUUUGAGUUAAAAAAAAUCCUUUGAUUGCUGAGCAAAUUCAGAAAGGAGAAAGCAAAAGAAACGUUUUUUUCUUUUAUCAAGAGAUGAACAAAAAUCAAUUUGCAGAAGAGCAAAUGAUGUCAUCAAAAGAACAAUUUUUUUUUAAUCUAAAGACUUUGGAAGGAUGGGAUUUCCUUUUUUUUUCUCCCUUGCAACCCCCCCCCCCAGUUUAAUAUGCACCACCAGCAACAGCCAUUCCAUUUUCUAGUGUGUUUAUGGGGAGGAUACAAAGGGUGAAAGUAUUUAGCAAACAAAUCUAUCCAAUCGUACUCCCUGAGGAAUCAGCAAUCAAACUGGAGGCCUAUGAACUCUGCAUUCCAGGUCCCUUCAGAUCUAUAUACAACAAAAAAGAAUAAAAGAAGAGUGGAAUUCGUUGCCUUUCAAUCAAAUUUAAAGUAAAUAUACUAAAUGUAUAAGCUUUUAAAAGAAAAAUCCAACAUCCUGCCAAGAAUAUGCCUUGAUAACACUCUAGUUUUUUAUAUAUAUCUAUAUAUAUUAUAACGUGCUAAAACUUCCAUUCCAAAGUUUAAUAUUGGUUCCAUUGCCACCACUUAGUGGAUGUUUGGCUUAGAACAAUUUUCGUUGCUUUAUUUGGAAGCAUUCAACUGAGUUUAGUUUGUAAUUGUUGAUGAAUAACUGCUGAUUUUUUAAUUUUUUUAGCUGAGUUGAUUGCGCAAGUCACUGCACAACUCAAUAUGAACCUAUUUAACUUAUUUAUUAUCUUGUGAAAAGUAUACAUUGGUAAUUUGUUCAUACUGUAUUUAUCGGGUAUGAUGAAAAGCAAUAGAUAUAUAUUCUUUUAUUAUGUUUAAAUUAUGAUUGCCAUUAUUAAUCGGCAAAAUGUGGAGUGUGUUCUUUUCACAGUAAUAUAUGCCUUUUUGUAACUUCACUUGGUUAUUUUAUUGUAAAUGAGUAAAAUUCUUAAUUUAAGAGAUUGUAUGUAAUAUUUAUUUCAUUAAUUUCUUUCCUUGUUUACGUAAAUUGAAAAAAUGCAUUGGCUUUUUUUUAAUAGAAAUCUGACUCAAUGCUGUGGAAGUAGUUUGAGAAAUUUCAGUGGUUUUUUUUUUUUUUUAAGAAUGUACAAUGGUUGUAACCCGUCCAAGCUUAAACUUCACAAUCAAUCCAAAUUUAAAGUGGCAAACCUAGUUCAGACUUAAAAUUAACCAAAAUGUAUUCCUGUUGCCUAACCACCAAUCACACUGUGAUAGUUUCAGAGUAUGUAGCAAUAAAAGGGGUGGGGGUGGGGGGGUCCCAGUGUUAUGUCUCUCAGUGCCUUUCGUAAGGGUCCACACUUGCCUUAAAUCUUCCUCAACCAAACGACUAUUUUUCUUAAUGCUUGAGAAUUUGAAUGUAGGGCUGGGUUUUUAACUACAAGAAAUUGUACCACUCAUUUUUAUUACGGAGGCCACCUUUUGGAUCUGAACCUCUUUUGUGUACAAGAUCAUAUCUUUUUUAAGGUUCCAACACAUGUAACUUUUUAUUGUGUAGGAAGUCAGGAGUUAUCCAAAUCUUUCCUCUGGGUGAUGAAUGAAUGAGCAGUAUCUUUUUUUAAUGUACAUAGGUACAGGUUCAGCACUAUGUACUCUUUGGACUACUUUAACAGAAGUAUGUUUUGAAUGUAACUAGAAGAUAAGUCAACUUGAGUUGUAAUAUAUUUUGGAGAGUCAGUUCACUACAAAUUUGAAGUGUGAGACUGUAAACUUUGUACUGUAAAUGUUUUGUAGUUCUCCCAAUAAAACUUUUGAGGAAAAAAAUUCCCAAGCUAUUAAA